AUGGAAGAACAAAACUGUGGUGCAGGGCAUCCUGGAAGCAGUGCAGAUGAGGAAGAAGGCAGAGAUGUAAAAAGGCAGCAGAACAAGGGACAGGAAACUCUGUGGGAAGAAACGCACGGUACGACUUCCAACCAGUCUGAGGAGGGAGGCGCCACACCACAUGCACAUGUACAGCCCCAUACAGGCCAGAUGGAAGCCUGGAUACCGGCCUUGUUAGUAGCAGUCGGCACUGGAGUAGUAACUGGUCAGCAGAGUGACUCUAACACUGCUGGCGUCCAGGCUAGGCAAACGGAUGGACAUGAUGUGACACAAACUGCUGGUGCCUCCCCUGUAGAUGAGGGUUCUUUACACAAGAUGACGGAGAAGUCAUACAGUUGUGACGAGUGCGACUUUUCUUCACCAUCUAAAGCAAGUGUAAAGAAACACAAGGCUAAGCACACAAAACCCUUCAAGUGUGGAGAGUGUGGAUACAGGGCGACAGUCAGGUUUCACCUGUCGGAACAUAUAAGAACACAUACGGGCGAGAAACCCUACAAGUGUGACCAGUGCGAUUAUUCCUCUGCAUUUAAAUGCGGGUGA